GAAUGCGGUUCAGUAGUAAACUAUACUACACUAACAAGUCCAGGAUAUCCAAACUACUAUCCAAGAAACAUGGACUGUACUUGGACUUGGGAAAUUCCAACAGGAAAAAUUCUGAAUGUGACCUUUGCAUCCUUCGACAUGGAACCUCUGUGGGAUUGUGGGUAGGCGAUUUAAAUGAGAAGUAGAAAAGGGUUGUAAAGUUCUUUAGCCAUAUCCAUCUCAAAUCAGUACUAUAGAGCUCAUGAAUAUCUGCUAAGAGACAACGGCCUCCCCCAAACGGCCUUUAUUUGAUAGUUCCAUUGGGGAAUUGGGGUUAGGUAUAGCUUAAGCGCAGGUCGAGUGUACUUUUGUCAAUAGACCUCUUUAGCGUAUAUAUAUUUUGUGUUUUCUUAAUGUAGGUCCUGUGAUAAUACUCCAGAGAACUGUGUAUUUCAAACUUCGAUUUUUUUCUCGUGCAUAUGUACCCAUAAUUUAUGAAAAGAGAAAGUGGGCAAAAGCUAAAGCUUAAGACUUGAGACUCUUUAAAAAAAGACUAUGACACCUGCGAACUGGAAUUAUUAAUACACCAGUCUGUCAAGUUACAUUUUUAAUUCCUUUUAAACAAACAUACAGACACACUUGUCAUUCUGCUUUUCUUGUGACUUUUCUUCCAACGGUCAAAACAGUAGAGGUAAGCCACUCUGCAUUAAAUCAAACACAUUCUACGCUCGCUUGAACAUUUUCCAGAGGUUUAUGGUCUCACUAAUUCGUCAAGUUAUUGAACGAUUUUGUAUAUUAAUUCGGCAAGACAAAGCCUAACAAGAUAUAUCGUCCCUUACUUUUUCAUGGAAAAAUAAUUGUUGACCAAAGCGAUGAGCGUUAAUAAUCUAGCAGAGUAGUAGCUUGAUACUCUUGCAUUACAAGCGAAGAAGCUUACCUGCCUGCAAUGUACACAACAUAUGAAACCGCAAUAAUAUUACAACGCUAUCUAAAGAAGACCAGUUACGGAAUUUUUGUGGGCAAAAUGCAAGAACAAAACAAAUAAAUGAAAUAUGUAAUCUUGCGCAGGUUAUCAAAGCAAGUUUGUCACCAAAAUAAAAUUUGUUUUUUGUAGAAGAACCAAACGGUUUUACUGUUUUAUCGGGCCUUGACUUUUUAUCUUCUUGUAGGAGAGACUAUUUGAGUAUUUACCAUCAAAGCAACGUUCUGAUUGGCAAGUAUUGCGGUAAUUUGACGUACAAUUUGGCAGUGAUGGUAGCCGGGAAUUACACAGUGAUUAAAUUCCACUCGGAAAACGUUAGGAAAGGAAGGCGUGGAUUCAGAUUGCAUUUCAGUGAAUUACCUCGAAGUGGUAAGUGCAGAAGGGACCUAAGCGUAAUACAAGAAUUUGUGUGGGAAAUAAUUCUCAAUAUUCAAACUAACCUACUUGCGAGCACAACCCUUCGAUCUUCCUAGAUAUGUCGAGACAGUAUCAUGGCGACCAGCGGUGAUAUUUUACGUAUCACAUUUGUCUGGCUUCACAUGAAUUAAUUUUCUACGUAAAUUAGCUGCUCUAACGUCUUCAUUCGCGAGGGAGCUUAAGCAACAACGACGGCGACGGCUGCGAAAACGUUACAUAAAAAGUGAAUUCGCACUGCUUCAAACUUUAUCGCGUUUAUUCAUCUCAUUCAAUUCGUCAAAUCUUGGCAAUUUUUUCUGGAGCUGAAUUCUUAAAGACUGUAUCGAAGUUCAGAAAAAGAAGAAGAAAGUCGUCGCCUUGUGUUCACCUCCUCCACAAAACGUGAAAUUAGGCAUUUUCACGUCGUAGUCAUGCAGAGACGGCAAAGAAAUGUUCAAAAAAGCGUGAUGCACGUGCAAAGUUGUUGUCGCACCUAAUAGCAAAUUUAAUCCAAACGAUGCAAAGUAGAAGUAAACAUUUCGAUUAUCUCUCAUUUUCCUCGGCAGAGCUAUGCGGUUCGGCGAAGGAUAAUAUACUAAGAUCCCCUGUAUAUGUACAGAGUUAUCCACCAAAUAUGCACUGCGUCUAUAAUAUCUCAGUUCCACAUGGCAAGGUGCAAAAACUUGUGUUUCAAAUGUUUGAACUGGCGUUUGAUCCAGAAUGCAGGUUAGAGUAAUAUUCCUUGAUUAAGCGUGUUUCCAAUUAUAGUGUGUUAGUGACCAGUGUCAAAAUAAACCGUGAAAAUGCUAACUAUUUUUGAGUGAAAGGGAAGCCUGAGCCGGCAAGAACUGGUGGCUUAUGAUCCAAGGAUCAUUAUACAAAACUUUGGCUAAUAAUGAGCUCAAGUAAUUACAUGUUAACAGGGCAAGAAGUGCACCUAAUAAGGACACCAAUGUCUGUGACAGUUAUUGGCGUGCAAAAAUUGACAUAAUUCACUAGGAACUGAAUCUGUUGAUAAACAUCAUCAGGUUUCAAAUUGCUACGUAAUGCAGGGGUCAAUCAUAUUAAAAACCAAGGCUUAAUUUUGAAGGGUCAAAACUCUUAAAUAACUUAAAGUAAACCGUUUUGUUCUAGUUUGUUUUUGUGUUGUUUUCUUUGUACUUACUUUAAGGAAUUGGCCACCACUUCAAAAUGUUAAGUAGUCAAAUGGCUCUUACAAAAAAGUUAAUAUCAUGUCAUGGAAAAGCAACUUCAAAGAAACCAAUCCAUCUGAAUGGUUCUUUAUUCUGAACAGAAGCCUUUGACUUAAUGCAUUUUGACAGGAACAUAUAUAAAUGUAAUUUGUUUAAAGUAAACCCGUGAAAUAUUGAGUGUUUCCUUUGCAGAUUGAACUACCUGAGCAUUUCGCAUGGUAAUAACUCUAUCGGCCAUUACUGCGGUAACUUAACGGGAAAAGUUAUUUCAGUUUCACGAGACUAUCUGGUGUUAACAUUUCACUCAAACGAGACAUUUGAUCCUAAGAAUAGAGGAUUUGAAAUAUUUUUUACGGAAGAUGUAAACAUGCCUGGUAAGUGA